AUGGCUAAAUGUAGACUCAAGAGCAUUAUUUGCGCUAUCAGCGCAAUAUGCUUCUGUCGCAUCAAACCCAUCGAUGCAUUGCAUUGUGAUUUCGGGGAUUCAGGUGACUUUCUCAGCGAAAAUGCUCUUUUCCUGUGUCGGAUGGAUAUUACAUACGCUAGCUUAGCGGAUGUAAUAUGCCCAAAUCGACUCAACGGUACGGAAUAUGUGUGGCAUCCACAACCUACCUCGUACAAGCAAGCCCAUCUCAAGACGUACCUCACUGGCAAUGGCAAGUUUCGUGCUGUUCCUCUUUCGGAAGUGAUACUAGCUGAGUCAAAGACUCCACUAGUAUGGUUCCAACUGAGAGCAUCAGAGGUGGCACUAAAAGUAAAUUUUAUGUCUGCCGAUACGUAUGCAAUAACAGCACGACGUGCAAUGUUCAUUUGUGGCCCACGAAAAUUGGUCAUGAGUGACACCUUGCAACGUCAACUAGAUGGCAUGUAUACUGCCCUCCAAAUGCAACAACUUCCUUGGACACCAGCCACACCAUUGACCCAGGAAUUGGCUAAGAUAGGAAAGCCCAUCGGGGUGUUUGUCUUGCACAGAGGUGACGUACACCUACCCCUUCAAGGCUGCGGUAGCCGCCCUUCACCACUGUUCGCUGCGGAUACUGAAGUUACUGUAGAUCCUAACACAGGCGUACGGUCGUGCGUAGCCGAUCCUACGUCAAGAGCGCCCAUAGGAUUUGUUUGCGAAGGUCGUAUUGAACCUGAGGAAUGCAUGAAAUCACUCCUAGACAAGAAAGGCAAUAUUUUAAAUGCCCCUACACCAUAUUCUCACAGGAAUUUGCAUAACAGUGCUACAUGGGUGAUAGCGAAAUACUUCUCGGAGUUAGCGUUGCCUGAAUUCAGUGGAGAAUGUAGAUGCAUUGAUAACAAAACGGGAGAAGUUAAGGCGACGAUGGAGAUUCGUUCGAAAACAGAAUACAUUUGUGACAUUGCUAGCAUGAUCGAACACAAAGAUUUGCAACCUACCAGUAGCCCAUGGUGUUCGGUGGUCCUUCAUCCGGGAAGCACCUUGACCAUAAAGUUGCCGAAAGAGCAGAUAUACUCGACAUCAACAGGAAUAGCUGCGGACGAUUAUCAAGACGAAAAUGCUGCUGUGGAUGUUGCUCAGGAUCGUCUUACUGACCAGUCCUCUCCACCGCCAUCAGUCUAUGAAUAUGAUGCUGAAUUUCACCCGCAUAACUUGGCUGUGGUGAGACAAUUAGCAAGUUUCUACGACUUUAAUAUUUACGACGAAAUCAUGUACCAGGAUGCGCUUGCUGGUGAUGCCCUUGAACUGGAUGUUUCCCAAAUAUCCCAGGGUGAGGUAAAACUGAAGUACCAUCUAGGCAAACCUCUCACGUUAAUAGGGGGGCACAACUCGUUCUUGUAUCAUUGGACAUCAAAAUCUACCAAAUAUGAUUCGCAAGAUAACAUCCGCGCCACUGUAAAUGUCUCCUUUGCCUUUAGUCAUGAAUACCGCAUUAUAGGGUGUAAUCGAAAGGCACCAAGGGUAUUUGAUCGUGCCCUUAGCAGUCACUAUUGCGCAAAAAAACAAAUGGGAAACGGUAUAGGCGAUAUUUACGAAUGCUCAUACAAUCAAACCACACGCAUGUUGAAGACGGGCAUUUACUGCAGCCCAGACGAGGAAUUGCUGCCAAUGAAUUGUGAUUCGGUUGGAUACGACCUAUCUUCCAAUCAGGUUAUGCCAUUUCCAGAAAUGGUGCGCAACGUGACUCCACAUUCUAUUCCAGGAUUACAAGUUUUCGAGAUAGGGUUUGACAAUAUCCCACUCAGCCAUGCCUGCAUCUGCGUUGACAAACGUGGAUACGAGACCUCCCGAUUUAUUUUGGGGUCCAGGCAUAAACAGCAUUAUACCUACCUAAUACACCGUAAAAAUAAGUUACGGAAGUUCAUCCCAUCUAUAUCUCCGCCUAGGAAUAGGGCUGAAUUAUUAGUUGACGGAAUCGGUACAUCAAAACUGCUGACUAUAUCCUAUGAACCACAAAGGCCCAUUACACUAAAAGUAGGCACAACGUUGGUCAUGAGUUGCUCUCUUGAUGACAAGCUUCAGCACGUUAAAUAUGAUGGGAAGAUUAAAGCUAAAUGGCUGCCGCCAGAACUUGAGGAGUUCUAUUAUACCGUUAAGUACACAACUAACGGAACUCGACUUGUUAGAACUUCAUACAAAAGGUCCAUGGUCACCAGUGCUGAUGGUUUUCGAGUCAGCUAUGAGGAUGGAGGCUGGCCCACAUAUCACCAAAUCAACCUAGAAUCGUCUAAAAGCGCCAUCGUGAUAUCUAAAGACCCCCUAUAUGGGAAAUUCAUACCCAUGGCAUUCGUGUGCGGUAAAGCACCCACACUAUCAGAUUUGUCCAUUGUCACUGACGACGGUAACACAUCGGACUCAUCCACACAUCCCAUAGGGCAGACUACGAAAUGGUCUGGCAUAUACACGUGGCACGUCGUUGAAGUUGCUGUCGAGACCACUGACCCGUACAUGCAAGGUUGCGGCGUUACCUACGAAUCAGAUGAGCUUUUCAAGCCCGAGACACCCAAACUCUACAACUCUACAGGAGAACGAAAGUUUGGUUGCAAGAUCGAUCUUCAUAAGGCUAGACAAGCGGCUUUCUACUGCCCAGCACCGUACGUCCUGGACCCGCCCGGUUGCUUCAACCAGGUGUUAGUAAACGGCAGGGUAAAGAACAUAAGCGACUUCACCACCGCUUUGGUAGCGUCACAUUCGAACCACUUUGUCUUACUGUAUUCAUUCAGUAACCUUUCAGGGCUUGGGGAGGAGGUGCGCCAAACGCCACCAUUGGAAUGCCACUGCGUCACCACCAAGGGUGUCGUCCUGUCGACCAUACAGAUCGAGAACUACUACACCUAUGAAUGA